AUGCCUCUGCUCGGGCUGCUCCUUGUCGCGUUCUUCGCCACAGCGAUCGCCGUCGCCGUCGCCAUUGCUAUCUACGUACACCACCACCGACGCACGUUCUCACUCGUCCGCAAUGCAGCGCGCAAGGUGUCUCCCACGGCCGUCACGAUCGGCGUCUUCCACCCGUACGCCAACGGCGGCGGCGGCGGCGAGCGCGUGCUCUACUGCGCGCUAUUGGCGCUAGUCCGAGCGGUUAAACAGACGGAAAGGACGCUGAAGAUCGUGCUGUACACAGGCGAAGACGGCCUCUCGGCCCAAGAGCUCGUAGCACGGGCAGCUGAAGCGUUCAACCUCGUCGAACUCGAGACGAUGCACGUGGCACAGCACUUGACGCUCGUGGAGCUCCCGAGUCGCGACCGGAUCCUCGACCCCAGUCACUACCCGAGCUUCACGCUGCUGUGGCAGAGUGUGGCCCACAUGAAGCUGGCGCGCGAAGCGCUGCAGCAGAGUGCGGAGCAGCACUUGUACCCACAAAUAUGGAUCGACACGACGGGGUGUCCGUUCUCGUACGUGAUUGCCAGUCUGCUGUACGCCUGCAACGUCGUGGCGUAUGUGCACUAUCCCAUGAUAUCUACCGACAUGAUUGCGAAAGUGCAGCAGCGUCGUGCUGGCUUCAACAACGACGCAACGAUCGCUGCAAGUUCGAUGAGGUCGAUUGGCAAGUACAUGUACUAUCGGCUCUUUGCUGGUGCGUACAGCCUCGUGGGCAAGUACUGCACGGACGUUGCAAUGGUCAACUCGACGUGGACGUACAAUCAUAUCAAGCAGCUGUGGGGUAAGACCCCUACGAUCGUGUACCCUCCUUGUGGUGCAAUGCAAGAGUACAUGGACUUUAGUAUGGAAAACCGCGUGCCAAUGGCGCUCUCGAUAUCUCAGUUUCGACCCGAGAAGAACCAGCUGUUGCAGCUCCAAGCUGUGCAGGUGCUGUUCACAAAACAUGGAGAGAAGAUGGCGACCAAGUACCACGACUUCCGCCUUGUUUUGCUCGGUAGCUGUCGCAAUGCGGAGGACGAACAACGUGUGGAGACGCUAAAGCAGCAGGCAAAAUCAUUGGGUAUUGCUGACCGUGUCGAUUUUGUGGUCAAUGCGAGUUUUGCUGAGCUGAAGCAGCGUCUUGCGAAGAGCUCCAUUGGCGUGCACACCAUGUACAACGAGCACUUUGGUAUUAGCAACGUGGAGAUGAUGGCAGCAGGCAUGCUUGUGGUUGCGAACAACUCGGGCGGUCCCAAGGCCGAUAUUGUCAAGCCAGAGACGGGGUGUCUGGCGCUGACGGCGGAUGAGUAUGCUGACAAGAUCUUGUCGUUGCUGGAGAAGUCUCCGGCGGAAUCGCUUGCAAUGCGACUGGCAGCUCGUGAGUCAUCGUCCAGGUUUUCGGACAACGAGUUCAGUGCGCAGCUUCUAGCAGCGAUGAGCGGCGUCCUCGGGCCAUUAGUUGGCGACAGCGAACACGUCAAGUCGAUGUAG